ACUAAUCAAUCAGCUUCGAUUGAGUGACAUCACAAAUGCAUGCUUUUGUGCAUGGGACCUUCCCGUCGGAUUCAUCGAUCUGUGGCCAAUACAGCACUGAUCGUGCAUAAAACCCCAUCACGUUACCACCGUCUCCGUGCCUUCACUUCCCGCUUCUCAUCUUCAUCAUGAAAGCCGCAGGAGCUAAUAAUCCCUGCUCUGCUUCUUCUUCUUCUUCUUCCUUCUCCUCCUCCUCUCGCUGCUGCUCUUCGUCGUCCACCGGCUUUUCCUCCACCAUCAAGAGAGAAGCUGAGGCAAUUGGUGGCAAGGAGAAGAAGGAGCAAGGCAGCGGCGGCAAGCACUCGUCUUACCGCGGCGUUCGGAUGCGUGCCUGGGGUAAAUGGGUGUCGGAGAUCCGUGAGCCGAAGAAGAACUCGAGGAUCUGGCUCGGAACGUUCCCCACCGCUGAGAUGGCCGCCCGGGCACACGACGUGGCGGCGCUGACCAUCAAGGGGCGGUCUGCGUACCUCAACUUCCCCGAACUGGCUUCCCAGCUGCCGCGCCCGGCGUCGUCAACGCCCAAGGACAUCCAAGCGGCGGCGGCGCUGGCUGCCGCCACCGCGGCCGGCGACCACAGCUCGAAGACCGAGACCUCAUCGUCGCAUUCGCCUGCUGCUACGCCGACGCCCAGCGACGACGACGACGGCGCGCUCUUCGACCUGCCUGAUCUCUUGCUCGAUCUGAGAGAGGACUUCUGCUACUUCUCGUCAUGGGAGGCUUCGAUAGCGGAGGAUGGCUUCGAGCUUAAGUUCGAGGAGCCAUUCUUGUGGGAAUAGCUGACUUCUCGAGUUAUACUGAAGACCUAGCCUUCGGUUGUUCCAUUAAGGGUCUCAAUGGACAUCUCAAACACUGCUCAAUAAGAACAAUACAAGCGAGUGUGAUGUAGGCAUCGAAUUCUGAUGUUUGAGAUACGAAAUGGAAUCCACGUAGGUGGAUUUUACUACCUCUGUUUCUUUGCUGCACAUGGAAAGAUUUGCUUCUUUCUUUGGAUCAAGAACUCGGCAUGGAAAUAAUUGAGUACAUCGCUAUCCAUGAUUCGGACUCCCUUUCUGUAGAGGAAUCGAUACGCCGGCCCUACAUGAUGAUUACGAUGUCAUUUGGUGGGAUGACAAGGAAGACCUGUGUCUUGCUUUACCUAGUGGCAAAAACACUAUUUUUCUCGUCUCUGACAGUCAUGGAGAUCAUUCUCCAUCUUUAACUCAGUUCUAUCAACCAGCCAUGUAUCUGUUAUAUGCUGACAGUGACGUGUGGUUGGAGGUCGAUGUAAUGUCGGUACAUGCAAGCUGAGUAAAUCUACAUUCACAAUUUUAUUAGCAUUCAGACAGUCGACCAAGCAGCAUCCAAAAAGAACUGUAGACAGAUAGAGAUAGAUAGAUAUAUCGAGAGAGAGAGAGACAGAGAUGAAUCAUCUACGUUAACGUAUGGGCAGACCAUGCUCAGAGAGACAUUUGUGGGUACAAAGAGAGUUCGUAUAAAAACUCCUGUUCAGUAACCUAGGUCAUAACUCAAACACACGCAGUUAGUUGGAUACUGCAAACAAGGGAAAUGGUUGAUGAGAUCCAAAGAGCACUCUACUACUUCUUUAGUUUGCUUCCGUUAGAUAUACCAUCAGAGAAGAGGGAGUAAUUACAGUAAAAUGUCACACUGGUGUCAUCAGAAUGGUACUAGGGACAGUGUCCCAGCCUCCAGAAUGAAUCCAAGAGCAGCUAAGGAGACCAAAGAUGCAUCGUUUUCUGCUUGAUUAAAGAACUAAGGAUGGUCCUCAUUGGAAGCUGGACCAAAGGUCAGCACAAGCAAAGAUAAGCUCCCUCGUUGUUUCACGAGGAGAAUGCAUGGGUAUUACUGAAGCUAGGCUGUCUUACGACCACUUCUCUCCUCCAUCAAUCAUGGGGACAUGAAAGGAGGAGGCAUCCCAGAUUCUCUUCUUGGAAGGGAUUCCAAAGUACACAAUAGUCAACAUUUUUUGCACUGUGCAAUCUCAGUGUAUGCAAUCCAUGUGUACAUCAUGUUUCAAAAGAUGACAAUGAACUGCUCUGACAUUAAAGUUACAGGGAAAAUUCCAUCCCACU